AGGAGAUUUGGAACAGCGUACACAAAACUUGCCUCGCCCUAGUAAUAUUUCGGUCUAAUUAUUUUGAAGUAUUUGGAUAAAAUAAGUGAUUUAUUUAGUAACAGCAUUGGGGAAUUAAACACCAAAACAUACUGUUUGUUUGUAUGUUGAUACACAAUGCCUGGUGUAUCUAAAGAUAUGAAUGGUUACAGAGACUUCGAACAAGGACAUCUUCGCACAAGUUCAUAUGCAAAUGGUUAUGAUCCAUACAGACGUGAAAGAGAUGGCAUGAGUAAUUAUCCGCCACCAGGACGAAGUUAUGCUGGAGACUUUCCAACAAGUCGAUCUGGCUAUUAUGCACGUUCGGCACGUUCUGAAAUUCUCCCCUCAGCCAGGUCUUACGGAGAUCAUGGAUACAGAAGACAUAAUGGAGUAGAUGAUAUAGAACAGAACAGUUUUGAAAUGGGAAUGAGGGAUGGAAAUGAGCCAACCUUUGAGGUGGACCAUCUUGCAACAUACACAAGUAAAUCAGGUACGACACACCCAGAAGAUGGCCUCACAAAACUUAAACAGAUGGAAAGUUCCACUGGAAUCUGGACAAUGCGAUGUAUGCUCAUUGUGGAACGAAGAAAUAUUAUUGUAAUCGACAAAGGAAAUGGAGAUGAACUGGAAAGAUUUCCAUUGUCACAUGUACAUGAGCCUACAGCAGUGUUAAAGAAUGACAGAAGAGAAACAUACAACAAUUUGGUAUUAUUUACAAUACUGGACGAUCCAAGACGGAAAAAUGGGCCCUCAGAUAUGCACAUCUUCCAGAGUGUUAAUGCACCUGCACAUGAUAUAGUAGAUGAAAUUUUAUCAGCCAAGGGUGAAGGUGGUGGCAAGCGUGGACAAUAUGAUAAACACAUUCCCCCGCCUCCAAGUGGACCUGCACCUGAACCACCUUACGGCAAGUCUCAAAAUUUAAGGGAGACCAAUAGAUAUGGUGAUCCCUAUCGUGAUGAACCUCCCUUAGAGGCUCGUCUCCAAGAAACGAGGCUGAGUGAAACAGCCAGGCUCGGGGAGACUGGCAGAUUUAAUGAUGCUAGCAGAUGGAUUCAUGAAUAUUAUACAACUGGCGGUAAAGGAAGGGACCGAACUCCAUCUCCUAUUAGGGACUCUUGGAGAGAUGUACAGACUAUCGGGUAUUCAGGAUUUCCGGAAUUUGGAAACAGUUACUCACAUAGACAGGCAUACCGGUCAGAGAGCAAUCAGUAUGCAAAACCCAACUCCAAAUCUGGUACACCAUUUGGAACCUGGAGUGGAAACAAUUUUGAUCCAGACACAAAAACUGGCCGUAAAAACAAAAAAGGGAAGAAAUGGUUCAUGUUUAGUUCAAGUAAAAACAGUAUGAAGAAGUCAAAAUCGGGAAAGGAAAAUAAAGGGUUUGAUUACAGUAGUUCCACCCUUCCGUUAAUGAGAUCUGUUUCCAGCGGGAACAUGUAUGCAGAGUCUUCAAACUCUUUGAGACGUAAUAUGAAGAGCUCUACUGAUGCAGACUUUUCAGCAAAUAUCUUGGCUAAUGACCGACAGGGAAUUGAUAUGGUAGAUUCAGGUCGUGGAUAUGGGCAGUCCCGUGUAGGUGACUUCAGGGCCUCAUAUAUACACAGAGAGGACAUGGACACAGGGCAGAAUGAGGCCCUGGAAAGGGAUGUGCAAUUACUGAACAACUGUUUUGAUGAUAUAGAGAAGUUUGUAUCAAGGCUGCAGCAAGCGGCAGAGGCUUACAAAGAACUUGAGCGACGUAGAGUGGAGAGAGGUGGCAAAAGGAAACAGAAAUCAGCUGGAGAUGGUAUGUUGAUGAUGCGUGCAAGACCACCACCAGCUGACGACUUUAUAGAUAUCUUCCAGAAAUUUAAAUUUGCCUUCAAUUUGUUGGCAAAAUUAAAGGCUCAUAUACAUGACCCAAAUGCACCAGAAUUGGUUCACUUCCUGUUUACGCCAUUAAGUUUGAUUUAUGAAGCCAGUCGUGACCCUAUACAUGGAGGUCGUGACCUCAGUAGUGAGGCGGUAGCCCCCUUGUUGUUACAUGAUGCCAAACAGUUACUAUUGAACUGCCUUACAUCGAAGGAGUUAGAGUUAUGGCAGCGACUUGGAAGACCAUGGACAUUAGUCAAAGAUGAGUGGAACAGUUCAGUCCCGCCCUAUAACCCCCGCUUCUACAAUGGAUGGCAACCAUCACCACAGCUUGUUGACGAGGUUAAUCAGCAGGACAGGCUCAGAGAUGUUCAGGAAAGAAGUGUUCCCUAUGUUGAUCCUUUAAUGGCAUCAAGAAGGGAAGAUCCAUAUACACGGGAUAUACGGCAAUCAGAGAGGCGAGAGGAUCCGUACAGAAUGACUGACAGGCGGGAAGAUCCGUACAGAAUGACUGAAAGACGUGAUGACCCCUAUAGGUCAACAGAGAGACGGGAAGACCCUUACAGAAUGACAGAAAGACGUGAAGACCCUUACUCACGUGAAAUUAGAAGUGAUAGAGAUUUUGGAAGAUCGGAACGAAGAGACGAUUAUAACAGACCACCCUCACCUUCUCCGCCCAGAAAUUUUGAUCAAGAUCAAUCAGAUUUUUAUUCUACAUUUUGGACUAAACGAGCAAGUGCACGAGAACCUGUGUCUGCACCCAAAACUCGUGCUGAAGAAAAUGUAUUGUUUGCUCAGGACCUGAAACGAAUGGGAGCAACUAUAUAUGAAGCAGUACAUGAAAGAACAGGCAAAAAUGCAAAAGAGCUGACAGUAGAAAAAGGCGACAUAUUACAGGUAUUAGACAAGUCUAGAAACUGGUGGAAGUUGAAGAAUUAUCAGGGGGAGACCGGCUACGCACCUUACACAAUAUUGAAAGAAUAUCAACCUAGGGAUGAUUUUGAUAAUGGUGGUGGUGGACAACGUCUGAGCGGAGAUUACAACAGUUAUAUAAAUGGUGGAGCUCCACCCGCACCUCCCCCACCAGCAGCAAAUCGACCAGCAAGUCGCGGAGAGGCAGAGAGGCGACAGCGUGAACCUCCGGCAGAGUUACGGCAGAACAGACCCAUUCCCGCUUCAAGACCGCAUGGUGAAAAGAGCAUGUAUUCUGAGGACUUACACAAUGAACUCCGCAAUAAGAUGAACACCAGUGAUGAAAGGAUGAGUCCCAGGGGACGCGAGGAUAGGCUGUCCUACACACAAGAUGAUAGGUCGUACCAACAAUCAUCCCCACACAGACACAGUGGGUCCUACACACAAGAUGAUAGGUCCUACCCCCAACCACCACCAAGCAGACAGAAUAGUAGCAGUCCUAGGAGUCCUGUUUUGAACAACAGACGUAACUACAACAUUAACCAGUAUUCAACACCAGAGGAAGUCAGGGAGUGGAUUGAGAUUAAAGGAUUUUCCAGAAGAUGUAUGGAUCUUCUAACUGGUUACAAUGGCCUUGACCUUUUUGGCCUAGAUAAGCAUGAAUUAGAGAGACUUCUAGGAAGAGAUGAGGGACGUUUUCUGGACAGUCUUCUCAUGGUGCAGAAAAAUAAUGCAGGGUUUCGUACAAGAGGAGCUUCAGAGCUGAGAGCAAUAUUAGAACGUAGAAAAGAAAGGUCUGAUACAGAUGGCAGGCGGGAUGAUGGUUUUGGUGCUCGACCAAGUUUUAUGCCAGAAACACCACCAGACUAUUCUCCAGCGGAAUCUGAUGCUUCCUCGGAUGACUACGGUGAUGCGGGUAAGACACUUCGCAACCUACUAGAGAGACAGCGUAAGAAACUGCAGCAAGUUGGAUACAAUGGUCCGUACCAGUGAUAUAUAACAACAAAAAUAUAUACUUAAUGUGGCCCUCACUAGAGAUAUAUAAUGACAAAUAUAUUUGACAUGAAGAUGCCUCGACCAGUCAUAUAUAGCAACAAAAAUGUAGCCAUUAGUAGGCCCCUACACACGAUAUAUAGCAGCAAAAGUACAGACAUCAGGUGAACAGUUUUGUUGCAAACGGGCCUCAUGAAAAUAUUUCGUAAGCUAUGAAUACAAAUAAGCAGUAAAAGUAAUUACAGACAUGAAUUAUUAUUACAUUAUUACAUUAUGCACAUAGAAGCAUCUGUGAUUUCUGUACAGCUUUGUGGCAACAGAAUUAUACCAGUAUUUGGAAACAGAAUCAGCUAACAAGAAUUUCUGUCAAUAGAGUACGUAAUUAUAUAUGCAUCCAUUAGAGGAUAAUGUGUAAUAAUGAAUUGAUUAUGGUAUAGCAAACUUUAGUAUUCGGAAGUAUAUAACAAACUGUUUUAAAUCUUACCAUAUGCAUCAAUAGAAUGAUUUCAUUGUUAAACCCACCAUGUUGUAUUAACAAUAUCUAGGUUUUACUGAGCCAAUAAACAGUUAAUGCAGACAUUUUUAUGCAAAUGUAAACCAGUUAUGUUGAUACUUCAUUGUUGUUCCAGUUAUUCUGAUAUUGCCAUGUGAAUAUGCACAAGUUAUUGUCAUCAUUCUAUUGUUAUUACAUAUCAAGUAAAAAGUCAUGUUUUUGUAUUGCAUAUCAUGGCUUAUUGUAGGACAGAUUUAAGAUUGUUGAACAAUAAUGUUCUUAGACUCAUUACUGUCAUUAAGUUCCUACUCAGAAACAUACUUUUUCCAUUACUUAUUAAAUCAUCAUUAUAUAUAUUAUAAACCUGGAGUUCCAGUGAAUUCAAACCGUACUUCAUUCUCAGAAUCCUGUAGAAUUCAGGAUUUGGUGUUUCAGUUUAUGAUUUAGCAUAUGAAAUAUAAAAAUUUUCCUUGGGCAAACCCUACCUGCAGAUAGUGAGACAUUCAGUCUCCCACACUUUGGCAUCUACACUCACACAGAGGUUGUAAAUUACUGUUGUUUUUAGCUUGUCUGA